AUGAUCAUUGUUCCAAAAUCUCACUCCCCUGCCAUCCUGGCGUCCUGCGCGCGGAUUGCGAGGCGCCAAAUCCGCUUCUACUCGGUGCUGCACGACAGCACAAUCCCGGAGUCCAAGAGGAAGUACGUGCCCUCGUCCGGCACCUAUCCCAAGGGAUUCCGCGUUUCCGGCACCCAUGUCGGCGUCAAGGCGUCCAAUACCAAGUUCCCCGACCUGGCGCUGAUUUCGUCUGAGAUUCCAUGCUCUGCGGCGGCUGUGUUCACCACGAACAAAUUCCAGGCGGCUCCGGUGCAGGUGAGCAGGGCGAUUCUGGACAAGAGACAAGGCCAGGGGAUCCGGUCGGUCGUGAUCAACUCGGGCUGCGCCAAUGCCGUCACUGGCAAAGGAGGUCUCGAGGAUGCCUGGAGCAUGGGAGCCAAGGUGGACGACUGCGAUGGACUGGAUGAACCCAGCACUCUGGUCAUGAGCACCGGCGUCAUUGGGCAGCGACUUCCUAUCAACAAGAUUAUCGGCAUGAUCCCAACGGCGCACUCCCAGCUCGCCUCCUCGCACAACGCCUGGCUCACCGCCGCCCGCGCCAUCUGCACCACAGACACCUUCCCCAAGCUGCUCUCUCGGACCUUCACUCUCCCGUCCGUCCCCGGACGGACCUACAGCCUCGCCGGAAUGACCAAAGGCGCGGGGAUGAUCCACCCGAACAUGGCCACGCUGCUGGGGGUCCUCUGCACGGAUGCGCCCAUCGACCCGUCAGCGAUGAAGCCGCUCCUCACCCAUGCCGUGUCGCGCUCGUUCAACUCGAUCUCCGUCGACGGAGACACCAGCACCAACGACACGAUCGCCUUCCUGGCCAACGGCGCCGCGGGCGGCACACCCAUUGCGUCGUCCUCAUCGGCCGACUACGCCGCCAUGCAGGAGAUCCUGACCUCGUUCGCGCAGUCGCUCUCGCAGCUGGUCGUCCGCGACGGCGAAGGCGCGACGAAAUUCGUCACCGUGCGCGUGCAGAACUCGCCCUGCUACGAGUCGGCGCGCCGCAUCGCCUCGACCAUCGCGCGCUCCCCGCUCGUUAAGACCGCCCUGUACGGCCGCGACGCGAACUGGGGACGGAUCCUGUGCGCGGUCGGCUACACGGAGGGCGUGACGCCGGGCACGGUCGUCCCCGAGCGGACGAGCGUGAGCUUCCGGCCCGUAGACGGCUCGCCGAUUCUGAAACUGCUCGUGAACGGUGAACCGGAGGCCGUGGACGAGACGCGCGCCAGCGCCAUCCUGCAGAGCGAGGACCUCGAGAUUGUCGUCGACCUCGGCGGCGGCGAGAAGGGCGAGAGCGGCCGCGGCGGAGAGGAGGCCGUCUACUGGUUCUGCGACUUUAGCCAUGAAUACGUCACGAUCAAUGGUGACUACCGGACGUAA